AUGUCGACAGAAAUCGCCCCUACCACUGUUGCACCUGAGUCGACCUCGGCCGCCACUCCACAGGGCAUGCGCAAGAAUGGUAAACAAUGGCAUCCUGUGAAGAAAGCUUUUCGACCAAAGGCUGGAAAUACUUCCUAUCAACAGAGAAAGGCAAAUGAUCUGGCAGUGGCACUAGUUAAAGCCAAAGAAAAGGAAAUGAAGGAGGAGAAGGAGCAAGCAAGACAGGCCCACAUAACAAAGAUCAGGGAAAAGCGCGCCAACAAGGAGGAGAGAGAACGGUACGAAAAGAUGGCCGAAAAGAUGCAUCAGAAGCGUGUCGACAGAUUAAAGAGAAGGGAGAAGAGAAACAAGAUGUUGAAGUCAUGA